AACGUGAUGCUGUGCUGACACAAUGUAAUAAGUUGUGUGCGCGUGUGUUCUGUUCAGUCAACCGCGUCCUUGUGAUAUUUAUUUAUGCAUGAAGAUCUUGUAUUCACGUAAACUUUGUCUGUACGACGUCUGGCUCUGUUCUGAAGAUAUCCGUGGUGUCGGUGAAUUUUUUGCGCGGUUAAAAGGCAGGACCAAUAGCUUAUAGUACAACUGGCAGAAUAACAGAAUUCUUACAUCUACAAUGAGCGGUGGACAGUUGAACUACAACGGCAUCCAGCCGGCAGACAGGUUCACGUUCGAGGAGAACUUCGACGUGGAUUCCUGGGUAGCCUGGGUCAAAGACCACCGAGCCCUAAGCCUCUACGUCGCGGCAGUCUACGUCCUUCUGGUCUUCUCUGGCCGUAGAUGGAUGGAGCACCGCCAGCCGUAUCGUCUUAAGGUUCUGUUGAUCCUCUGGAACGUCUUGCUCGGGGGUUUCAGUCUCUUUGGGGUGUGGCGCAGCGUUCCUGUUCUCGCCACGGCUCUGUACUACAACGGGUGGCACUCCACUGUCUGCGACAACGUCUACUACCACAAGGAUUUCGUUGGCAUCUGGGGUCUGCUCUUUACCCUCUCCAAGAUCCCUGAGCUCGGAGACACUUUCUUCAUCGUCCUUCGGAAGCAGAAGUUGAUGUUCCUCCACUGGUACCACCACGCCAGCGUGCCGCUCUUCGUCUUCGCUGUCUACGGCGAUCGCGCCGCCCCCGGAGUCUGGUUCACCGCGAUGAACUACUUCGUCCACGGCCUCAUGUACCCGUACUUCGGCGUCCGUGCGGCCGGCUACCGCUUGCCCAAGUUCGUUGCCAUGACGAUCACAUCUCUUCAGAUUGUCCAGAUGCUGAUGGGCAAUGUGUUGGUCAUCCACGCAGCGGUCAUGCACUUCAACGGGGUGUCUUGUCACAUUAGCCACUGGGUGCUGGCGGUUUCCAUAGCCCUGUAUUUCAGCUACAUGGUCCUGUUCGCGCAGUUCUUCCACUCGGCUUAUUUCGGAAGCAAGCGCGCGCCGAUCAAGCCAGACAGCCAAUCGAACGGCUCCACUAACGGGGUCAAAGUUCAUCCUAUUAACACUGAUGCUGACAAAGGCCUCCGCAAAAGGGAAUUUGAUCGAAACGAAAACACGAAGACGGACGGUCGAUCGUGAAUGAAGUUGUUACAAGUUGUUUUGUUAAAAUAAUUGUUGCUCGAAAUUUAACUGAAUGUUAAAGCACAGUGUUACCAAAAUAGUAUCUGGUUCGUAAGUGUGACGUCACUGCAGUUUAAACCUCGCCCAAUGGCAUUAAACCCCGCCCAAUGGCAUUAAGUAGCAUUGGAACCAUUGGAACCGGAAGUUAACGCAACUGGAGUGUUUAUCCAAUGGGCGCCAGUAAUCAUGGAGCGCGCGCGUGCACGUAUGACGAUUUUACUAACGAACCGGAUUUGAAGAGAAAAUCCGAUCCAUUGUGAACUUGCAAUAUUAAAACAUUCUCGUGAACUACACAAAAAGUAUUUGUCUGAAUGAGGAACUCUAAAACAUUGUUUAAAUGUUCUCGAAAAUUUGAAUAAGUUUUUGAUAUUCCUUUGUUUGGAGCAGUUGCCCAAGCUUGGACCAUAUAAUGGUGUUUUAGUUAUUGUUUGUAUUGAAAAUUUAAAGGACGAAAACGUUUUAUAUUUUGUGAUGAAUGUAAUUGUAUUGAAUUAAAAAAUAUCAAGAUUUGUGUGACUAUGUUAAUUUUUGUGCAAAUAAAAUGGAUGAUUUUAACGUCUACCACCUUGAUGUUUGAUGGAAA